GCAUUUCAGUAGGACAAUGGAAGAGCUUGUCCAUGACCUUGUGUCAGCACUGGAAGAAAGCUCCGAACAGGCCCGAGGAUGCUUUGCCGAUACUGGAGAUCACUCCCGAAGCAUUUCAUGUCUUCUUAAGCGCCAAGCAAGAAAACGAAGGGGAAGGAAGAGACGUUCCGACAAUACCCAUCACCCAUGGGAAACGGGACACUGUCUAAGUGAUGGCUCUGAGUCCAGUCUUGAGGAACAAAACAAGGACUACAGGGAAUGUGUCAGUAAUAAUAAGAAGGACAGUGACUCGGAUGACCAGCUUUUACUGGCUAAACGAAGGCCUACCUCCAAUAUUACCAAUAUUCGUAGUAAAAGGCCCCUGUGGCAUGAAUCGGACUUGGUUGCAGAUACUUUGGCUAGUAGGACCUUACGAAGGAGACGGAAAGUGAAAAGAAUGGCCAUCGACCCACCAUCAGAAGUCCCCAGCACCAUGACGUUGUCACAGAGUCUCGAUCAGGCCAUGGACAAUGACUCAAAACACUAUCAGCACCUGGAGUUAUCAAAAAAUAAAGUGAAGAAGCGAAAAAUUGCUCCUCCGAGGCAUGGGAUGGAGGUUCCUGAUGAGGGGGUGGUGGUGGAAGGAGAAGACAUUGGGCACGGAACCAAAGACAAGAUGGAUUACGAAGAGCAGAAGGGCUCGGACGAGAACAUGAGUGACAGUGAAUCCAGCAGUAUUAGCAGCAGCGAUGCGGGUUUGUUUACCAACGAUGAAGGACGCCAAGGUGAUGAUGAACAGAGUGACUGGUUCUAUGAGAGCGAGUCCGGGGGAGCGUGCGGGAUCACAGGAGUCAUCCCGUGGUGGGAGCAGGAAGGAUCAGCCGAGCUGGAGAGGGAGCUGCCGGAUCCGGUCUUUGAGAGUAUCCUUACUGGCUCCUUCCCUCUUAUGUCCCAGACCGCACAGAGAGGGUUCCAGGCGAGGUUGAGCCAUCUCCAUGCAAUGCAGGCAAGAAGCGUAAGGAAGUCUUCACUGAAUUCUGGUCCUCUGAUCAGCAGCCCUGGUUCGAGCAACAAUGAGCGGCUGCCACACUUCCCCCAAGACCCUCAUCAUCACGACCACUGGUUUAGUCCUGGAACAAGAAAGGACCACAGUCCGCUUUUACGGGAUACUCGUUCAGAUCGGGGGCACAAGAAGAACUGUUCAGUCAAAACAGCCAGCAGACAAACGAGUGUCCAUUUAGGAUCCUUGUUUAUGGGAGACAUCAAACGGAGAAGAAAGGCCGCCCCGCUGCCGGGACCCACUGCGUCUGGUUUUAUAGGUGAAAGUUCACAGCCUAUCCCAGAUACUAACAUAGGAAACCGAAUGCUCCAGAGCAUGGGAUGGACGCCCGGCACAGGACUUGGGCCAGAUGGAAAGGGCAUUUCUGAGCCUAUAAGAGCCCUCCAGAGACCGAAAGGACUCGGACUCGGAUUUAGCUGAUGUAAUCACAUCCUUCUGAGACGUCUCCUAAGGCCUUGGGUUUAGAAAGGAAUCAUGUGUAUUUUAUAAUGUCUUCAGUAAAUAUUCUUUAUAAGAAAAUGUAUUUUUUUUCUGCAACGGGAAGAACAUCAAGAACAGUCGGGCUCUCAUUCCACAAUCAAUGACAACCACCCUGUGCAUUAUGAAUGGCAACAUAUGUAUCCUGCCUUUUCUUGUGACCUCCUAAAAGUUUAAAAUAAUGUAUAUAUUAUAGAUUGGAGCAACGGGCAGACAUUUUUAGACAGCAAAUAUACAAGUAGCCAAAACUGAUAAAUCUAGUGUUGGGAUCAGUAACGUCAAUGUUUCUUAUUGCACUCUUCUAAAGCAGUUCUCCACCUUCAGACAGAAAGUAUUGAUUUAGUCUCCAUUUAAUUUGUCUAGUUUAAUAUUUCUGUUUUCUUGACUAUUAGAGCUCAUUCACCUUACGGAUUUUCCGAGCAGGGAAAUUCUGGUGCAGCAGCCUCCCAUUGUUUUCAAUAGGAUUCUGCUGCAUCGGGCACUUCCUGCAGUAUACCCUGUAUGCCAGUAUCCAGAUGUAUACUGGCGAUUAUAGCCCAAAAAAAAGGCUUGAAUGGGACUGGACAGAUUUUGUCGACGUUAAAAGAGAAAGUACACAAAGCUGUAGAAUCCCUUUUAAGGGUUCACACACAGCACAUCCGCAGCGUAUUUCAUGCUGUGGAUGUGCAGCCGGCAUUCGGAGUAAUAGCAGAGCUCAUUGCUGCGGUUGGGUAGCUAUGUGUGUUGAGCAGACACACAUAGCAUCCCAGCUGCAGCAAUGAGCUCUGCUAUUACUCUGUGACUGGCGGUGGCACGUCUGCAGCGUAAAAUACGCAGUGUGUGACUCUACCAUUAAAUGGAACUUGUCACCAGUUUUAUGCUAGUCCAGGGCACUACGAUUUACUCUGAGACACUCCAAUGUCUCGGAGAAAUCAUAGUUUAAAAAUGGUGCCAGGACCCGGGUAAGUAGUCCUCGGGGCGGGUCCUGAUGGCUGCUUCCUGACCAGCUGCCUUGUGUGACUAGUGUGUAGGGAGAGCUGUGUCACUCAGUGUUGACGAAGUAGGAAGCAGCCAAUUAUCCAAGCCAUCGGAGUGAGCCUGUUCUAUGAUUGCCGAAAACUUACAAAGUUAGAUGGAGAACCCACUUUUGCUGCUCAGGGGCCCCACACUGCCCAGCCCUAGGUGGACGAAUUUAAAGCUCUUAUUUGUGAAUUUGCCAUUUCCGAAAUUUUAAGUUUUUUUAACGUAAUAGUAUUUUAGGAAAUUACUGUAAAGGCAAUUGCCUAAUGGUGGGAAAGUGGAACUAAACUUCCGAGCAAUGGUCUCCAACCUGUGCAUCUCCAGCUGUUGGGAAACAACAUGUAAGUUCGGACAGAUAUGCUGGGUGUUGGUGUUUCACAACAGCUGGAAUGCCACAGAUUGGAGAUCACUUAGGAAAACCCUGAAAAAAAUGCCAUGCCAUGUUUUGUGCUUAAUAAAGAGCGUAGUGAAGAGGAAUAUGUCACAUGCAUAUGUGUUAUGCUCCACCUCUUUAAACUCUUUAAUAAGGCUAUAUCCACACUGCAGAAUUACGCUAAGAAAUUCCGCCGUAUGGAUAUAACCUUGGAAAUUCAGCUACAGCAGAGUCCCAUUGAUUUCAAUGGGAUCCUGCUACACUGCUCACAUGGCGGAAAUCCAGAUACCUGCAUCCGCAAAAAGACAAGACCUAUAGCGUUAUAUAGAGUUUCAUUUUAUUUCUAGAGCGUUCCUUUAAAAGGAUAAUCUACUACUGUAAAAUGUAUCCUCAAUCUGCUCUCAUAGGGAAUAUACCGACCUGCCGCUUCAUGCACAGGGAGAGGUGGGCCCCCAUUCUGAAGAUUGCAGGUCGGGCCCCAUCUCUCCUUGUGUAUGGAUCUGUGUGCUGGCACGUGCUCCAUGUCUUCUCUAUGGGAGCACCAGAGAUACACAAGCGCUGUACUCGGGUAUCUCCGUCACUCCCAUAAAAAGUGCAUGAAAAACAUGCUGACACACCGCUUCAGAUAGAGAAUAAGUAGUGGAGUACCCCUUUAAGUCUAUUUUCUUGUUAUGAAGAAGCCUUUUACACACGACUAACAGAGAUACUGAAUCUACUGCUACUUCUGUCAUUUUUUUCCAUUGCAGACCAAAAUACCUUUUUACAUAUUAUUUACAUUUCCUUCACACUGAGUGAAAACACUUUGUAAAGUAUCUGCGCCCUCAGUGUUGCGAAAAUCAAACCCUGGUCCUCUGCCCUUUGUAUAUAGUAAUCUUCUUUUCUCCAUAUGUUUCGUUGAAUUUUUAUCUUUUUAAUCUUAAAAUGUUUUUAAAUUCUGUUAAACAGAAAGGACUUUCAGUAUUCGGAUGACUUUGGUCCAGCCCCCCAUAACAGUGUAAGAAUAGCCGGGUCACUAAAUGUUUUUAUCGAAUUGGUUGCAAUGUUAAAAAUGGCCAUAUGAUGUUUUUUACCAUGACAUUAUAAAUGCUUUUAAUGUACAUAUUUCUACCUUCCCCGCUUUAAAUGAAAGCUGCGGGGUAGAGCAACAAAAAUGUCUAGCAAAGCCAGCCCAAGGUAUAUCAAAACAUAAUUUCCUAAUCCCUAUAUUAAAGGGGUACUCCGGUGAAAACCUUUUUUCUUUUAAAUCAA